AUGGGGCUGGAGACCGAGAAGGCGGACGUGCAGCUCUUCAUGGACGACGACUCCUACAGCCGCCACAGCGGCCUCGACGACGCCGACCCCGAGAAGGUCGCGGACUCGGCCCGCGACCGCGAUCCCCACCGGCUCAACUCGCAUCUCAGGCUGGGCUUCGAGGAUGUGAUCGCAGAGCCGGUGACUACGCACUCCUUUGACAAAGUGUGGAUCUGCAGCCAUGCCCUCUUUGAAAUUAGCAAAUACGUGAUGUACAAGUUUCUGACGGUGUUCCUGGCCAUCCCCCUGGCCUUCGCUGCUGGAAUUCUCUUUGCCACUCUCAGUUGUCUGCACAUCUGGAUUUUAAUGCCUUUUGUAAAGACCUGCCUAAUGGUCCUGCCUUCAGUGCAGACAAUAUGGAAGAGUGUGACAGAUGUUGUCAUUGCUCCGUUGUGUACAAGCGUAGGACGAACCUUCUCUUCUAUCAGCCUGCGACUGAGCCACGACUGAACACUUGGACCCAGGUCUGGAGAUUUGGAUACUGUAACACUUCCUUGUUGUAACAUACAAGCACUACUGUUCUACUCAUUUCCCAACUGUCCUAAUUAAGAAGAUUAUUAAGAUGGGCAACCACAUUUAGAAAUGUUUAUUGGCAGAGCUUUUCAAAUAAUGCUUUUCACAUUAAUAGCUAAAGAUUUAAUAUCUAACUUUAUAACUAGAAUUAUACAGUAGGUUGAAAACAUUUCAUUUUAAAGACAAAUAGUUUUUGCUUUAAUACAAACGUAUACAUUUUAUAAUGAUGAAUUUACAUUGAUUGAGGGACACUUCUCCCAAAAAACAAUAGUUUUGUGCACAACUGCUCAUAAAAAUGUGGGAUUUUUUUUUACUCUGGGAGUAAUACUUUUUAAAUUACCUUUACAGUUAUAGUCAUGGGACAUUUAGAGAUAGGCUACACAAAGAUCUUAGAAAUUGCUGUUACAGAAGCACACAGUGAUGACAGUAACUCAAAUAUAAUAAACAAAUGUGAAAAUAGAAUCAUGAAAAUGUAUUCUUUUAAGGUAUUGUUAACCUACAGGCCUAUUUAACAAGAUGUUUCAUUUUACUGUAUAUUUUGUACUUAAUGUAAAUGUUGCACUAAUCAGAUUGCUUUAAAGCAUUUUAAUUAUAUUUGUUAUCUUGUUGAACUAAUAUAUAGAGUAAGUAAAUGUAUCUCUCACAAAGUAACUUUAUUGGUAAGAUGACACUGUCUUGAUUAUGUAAGCAUUUAUAUAUCAUCUUUGAGAGCAGGACAUAAGAGGGUUAUAUACAAAACUUUCCUUUCUAACUUCUCUAAGCAAAAUCCUGAAAUGUUUUGACUGAUGUUUAUCUGGCUUUGAUCUUAAAAUAAUUCAUACCUAAUUGGUAUUUCAUCUAGGAGAUGCUUUCUCUCUUGCAGUUAAACAUUAAACCUGUAUUCUGUGUUCCUAUUAAUGUUUCACUUUACUUUCAAGUAAUAUUGGUGCUAUUUAAUGACAUCUUAUAAUAAAAGCUAUUUCUGACACAAAUACAAUUCCAACCAUAGUGAUUCAUGUAGAGAGACUUACAGGAGAGUCAACUUGUCAGGUUCAUGCAACUGAGCUACACGCAUAAAUUGAAAACUAACAGUUACAAAUGUUUAAGAUAUUCUCUAAUAUAGAUUUUCUAAAACAGUAUAUAGUUAUUCUUAUCAUUUUUGAGCUGCAGAGUUCUAUUUCAGGGUUUUGAGGCUCUACUGCUUUAAAAAUCUCAUUAUUCCAAAAUGAUAGACGUAUACAAAACAUGGCUAUGAUUUCAGUAGUUGCUAUAAUGUACACAUCUCAAAAGUGUUUAAAAUGCUCAAAUUACAGGAUUACCAUCAGAACCUGAGUUAACAUUCCUUUGAAUAUCCUCAUAUGUGGCAACUCUUCAUUCAGUGAAGAUUAAUAAGAUAUUUCAAAAUUGCCAAGACUGGUAAAUAUAAAGGAUGAUUGAACUGAAAUAUUAUUGGGAACCAAAUUAAGUGUGUGACUGAAUUAUGAAGCUCAUACCCUUUUGAAGGUAAUUAACAGAGACAUUUUUAAACUCCCUUGGGCCAUUUGUAGCAUCCUUAGAGAGACUCUCAUGAUUAUUACCUUAAAGCAUUACCACUCAUUUGA